UUUUAAAGCAGGAAGUGCUAGGAGCGGCGUUUUCGCAUGUUUGAUGUUUGUAUUUUGCAGUUCAUUUCUCCGCUUUCAUAACGUUGCUGGGUUUUCAUUUUCCGUGAGGUAAUGACGCGAAACGCAUGCAACUGUCGCGGUUUUGUAGUGGUGGUGGUGAGCGUUGUGGUUCUUUGGGUAGCUGUGUUACUGCACCAUUUGGAGAAUUCGGACCAGGGCUACCUCCCCAGGAUGACACAAGACCUACAGACACUUAAAGAGAAUUACAAGGCGAAAAACAAGACUUGCUUUAUUCUUGGAGCUUCAGGAGAAACGGGAAAAGUGCUUCUUAAGGAGUUAUUGCAAAGCCAGCUCUUCUCCAGAAUCACUCUUAUUGGUCGAAGAAAGUUAACGUUUGAAGAUGAAGCCUAUACAAAUGUGGUCCAAGAGGUCGUGGAUUUUGAAAAAUUAGAUGAUUUUGCAUCUGCCUUUGAAGGACAUGAUGUCGGUUUCUGCUGUCUUGGCACAACAAAAGCAAAAGCAGGUGAAGAGGGUUUUAUUCGUGUGGAUCAUGAUUAUGUAUUAAAGUCAGCUGAGUUAGCAAAAGCAGGAGGAUGUUCGCAUUUCAACUUGGAGUCAUCUAAAGGCGCAGAAAAAACAAGCAACUUUCUGUAUCUAAAAGUGAAGGGUCAAGUGGAAGCUGACAUUGAAGCAUUAGACUUUGUCAGAUAUUCAAUUUUUAGGCCUGCAAUGCUUCUGGUUGACCGAAAAGAGUCUCGCCCCACAGAAUGGAUGGCCAGAAAGUUUCUUUCACCCUUAUCCCAUUUGUUUCCAACAGCUAUUACUAUUCCUAUUAAUUUUGUAGCUAGGGCGAUGAUAAACAAUGCUGUUAUUGAUGUUGAUAACAAAGUGGAAAUCUUGGAAAAUAAAGCAAUUUAUAAUCUUGGGCAACUCUGGGAAAAUGAAACAAAGUGAUGAAAGGAAAAUAAGUUUACAAGUGUUUAAGAUAUAUUCUGUAGACUGUACCCUUUUACACACAUUGUGGUAAUAACUUUACUGUGCUAGAUAUUACUACAGUAAGGCCAAAAGAUUUUUAAAAAUUAUCCCACUAACAUUGCCAUUGGCCAGUAGCUGCAGCUUUGUUAAGAUAAAUGAAGCUUUUGCAUGCCGAGUAUCAAAUAUGAGGUGAACUACUACAGCUAUGUCAUUUACAUAAAACUCAUUCAUAUAUUUGUAUAUACAUAAUUGUAUAUAUAAUGCAAAGAUACAGAGAUUAUUUUAUAUUUUCACCGACACAACACGUCAUACUCAGGUUUUUUCUUUUUUUUUAUCACAUAAAUUAUGCACAUUCUUAAAUGUAAGCAUAUUAAAAGUAGAAAAUUCUAACUCUUGCUUGGGAGAGCUCUUUAUAUGUCAUAAAUAUGACUGAAAUACAUGUCUGCCUUUAGCAAUAAUAAAUGUAACCGAUAACCAACUUCUCUUUCAGUACUUUUUGUUUCUUGGUGCUUUGGGAUUUCAAAACUUUGAGAAAUAGUCAUCUGACAGUAAAUGUGUGUUCAUUUAUAAUUAAGGAACUGAUACGUUUUGCAAACCAAUCAAUCAUUAACAACUAUUAUAAAUGUAAAAAAUGUAUCAGUGCCAACUUUUCAUUGCAUUUGAGAAGCUGUAUUGUUUAGUUCAAAUACAUUUACAGAAAUAUUUAUCUUUUAUUAGAAUUUGACACUUCAUGAACCUUAAAUGAUGGUUUAAUCUUUUAUCAGUAAGGGAAGGAAGCAAACUAGUUGAGUUAGCGAUAAAUUAAAACAUGAUGUGAACAGCUUGAAAUAUAAUUUCAUUAUGCCUUACAUAUUAGCUGCUUAAUAUCAAUUUAUACAUUCCAUAAUAAAAGUGUCUUAAGUACAGUAGACUAAUUUUUUGUGCCUAUAAUUGUAUUUUCAGAAAAAAAAUAGGUUUGGAAAAAAGGGAUUACAAGAAAUUUGAACUGCAGAGUAAAGAAUCCGUCUAUUUAAUAUGGCAGUGAGUAUAGACGGGCAUUACCAAUUGUAAAACAUUGUGCUUGUCCUGUAUAAUGUUUAGCCUUACAUUGUGAAUUGAAUGAAUGUAAUUUGUAUGCUAUUUUUAUUUUUAAUAAAGGUCCACUGUUGCUAA